CGCCGAGAGCGCAGAGGCGCGCACGAGAGUUGCUGGGGGCAUCAAACUCGCAGAGGGGAGACUCGAGCCUGCACUUUAAUAGCAACGAACUGCGCAAAAAGUCCUGCCACGUUCAGCUCGCCUCGCCGAAAAGUGGAAGGAGAACCGAAACUACAACUUUUCUUUCUUUCAAAAAGCAUCCUUCUCUACUUCUUAAAAAUUCUCCACGUGGGUGGAGACCAACGAGUAGGGGAGUAGUACUAUCAGCAUUCGCGAGACGGCAUGUCAGGGUGGGUGCUGAGCGUUUUCUUGCUGCUCUGCAGCUGGAGCCUGACUGAGUUGCUGGUCGAAGCUUGUACCUGCGUCCCAGUUCAUCCCCAGGAUGCGUUCUGUAACUCUGACAUUGUUAUCCGGGCCAAGGUAGUGGGCAAGAAGCUUAUGAAAGAUGGACCGUUUGGGACAAUGCGAUACACUGUCAAACAAAUGAAGAUGUAUAGGGGUUUUGACAAGAUGCCACAUGUUCAGUAUAUCUACACGGAGGCCUCUGAAGGUCUUUGUGGGGUCAAACUGGAGGUCAACAAGUACCAGUAUAUGAUUACAGGUCGAGUUUAUGAUGGAAAGGUUUAUACUGGACUGUGUAAUCUGAAUGAACAGUGGGAUCAAUUGACCCUGUCUCAGCGCAAAGGGCUAAACCAUCGUUACCACCUAGGUUGUGGCUGCAAGAUUAAGCCCUGCUACUACCUUCCUUGCUUUGUGACCUCCAAGAAUGAGUGCCUCUGGACAGACAUGCUUUCCAGCUUCGGCCAACCAGGGUACCAGUCAAAACAUUAUGCUUGCAUCAAACACAAAGAUGGCUACUGCAGCUGGUAUAGAGGAUGGGCACCUCCUGAUAAAACCAUCAUCAAUGCAACUGACCCCUGAAAAUCCAAUUCUCUUUCUUUCCUGUUCUUUCCCUCCCAUGUGGCUGAGCAUUCUUUGGACACUAACGCAUAUUUGAUCAUGAUCACAACCAUGAUAUUAGUGCCUGUUUCUUGCAAUUUUUAGCACUUCGAACUUUUGUGAUUUUUAAAUCUAUGCUGUCUUAACUCUUUUUUAAAAUCAUCUUUUAAAAAAAUUACUCUCAUCCCUUGUUGAUCAAAUAUUCAUCUGGUAUGUGAACAGAAGUUCCCAGAUAAUCAAGGGAGCUUUUGCUCAAAAUUCUAUAGCACUAUACAUAUAGCAAUAUAUAUUUUUGUAGGAAAACACAAAUCUCAAAAAUUUCCUGAUUAAAAUUCUAUUCCCUCUUCUUUUUUUCCUGUGCUGCUGCUUUUUUUCUCAGUUUUCAGAGCAGGUAGCUAUAAUUGCAGCCAGUUGGGAUUAAUCACCAUUGUGAGCCACAUAAUGAAAGGAUGCAAAGAAAGUCACCAUGCUUAUACAAGGUGGAAUGUGAAAUAUUUGGGAAAUUCAGAUGCAUGAAUUUAAAAGGUUGCAUACUUCAAAAUGCCUGUCCAUUCCAAUAUGAAUGUAGAAAUUUCAUGGCAGUUCUAGGUUUGCACAGGAAAUGAAUGAGCUUCUUUUUUUAAAAAAAAUCAAAACUAACUAAAAUGAAGCGAAUAUGUCUUUUAAAUACAAAUGCAGAACUAACCUGUUGAGAACCAAAUCAAGACCAGAUACUUUUGUGUCUUUGAUCUGGAUAUAAAACUGCCUUUUCAACAUUUAUUUUACACACAAAUUUCCCAGAGUUAUUUGGAGAGGGGACAAAGUGGGAGCACAGGAGGAAAGAGACCCCCACUCCCCAGGACAUAUUAAUGUAAGAAACCAGCUGCCCAAACACUGUUUUUGCCGAACAAAAAAUGUAUAUAGAUAUAAUGACAUAAGCUAUUUUUUGACAGAACAUGAUUCUGUUUCAUGCUAUAAGUAAUAAAAAGUUUGAUGCUUUUGUUUCAAAGGAGCAACCAUUCACAUUCCAAGUCAUUAGUUACUGUUUUAUUUUUUAAUUCUAAAGCUACUGGAGCUCUGGUGAUUUCUAAAGUAGUAAUAGUCAAUUUUUAUUCCCUCCCCUGUAUGCUUGUUUUCCUUCUUGCCAUCAAAAUAAGGGCCAAUUCAAACAACUGUUCUAAGACUGAAAGUUUUCCAUGGUCCCCCGUCCCAUUCCCUUAAAAAUAUACAAUAGGAUGGUGUUGUGAAAGUGCCUUACUAUUGUAUGGUUACUGGUUCCUCCUAUAUUCUGAAAAACAUUUUAACUUUUUUAAAUAGUUUUUCAUGAUGUGGUAUUUUGUAAAUUUUAUUAUAUAGGAAUCUUUUCACAAUAUUUUAUUCUCCUGUGAAUACUGGGAUGGGAUUGAAGAGGUGGAAGUGAAGGAUUAUUUCUUCAUAUUUUCCAUCUCAUUAAGAGUCUGUUUAUCAGUAUGCACAGUGAAAAUAAAUACACAGAGAAGAUGGGCAGGGAAUAUUAAAACCCACUUUUCCUGCUAUUGAUGUAAUUCCUAAAGAUCUAGAUCUAUUAACUAAAAUAACAUUUUAGGGGAGGCUAUUAUGUGUUCUACUGCUGGCUACAGUUAAACAGCCCCUGUGGUUGUGGGCUCACUCUGCUUUCUAGCAGUAAGGAACUGGCUGUUCCACUUUCACUACAGUCUUUGUUUCUAUUAUGAAAAAGUAUAAUAUAAAAAUCUUGUAAAAGUAAUUUAAGAGCAGGGUUGCUAAUGGGUUUGGCAACUACAUAAUUUACUGAGGCUUUAGAAUGGAGUGAAGAUUAAUACUUAACACAAGCACACAUUCUGUCUUAUUGUGCUGUUAUCAUUUGUCUUACAUUAUUUUCUAUCUUCAAUUCAUUCCUCAUAAGAAACAGAGCUGCCGUAAGUUCAAAAUUGUUCUAUAAUAAACUGAAAAAUGUACGUAGUUGUCUCCUCCAUUGAACAGAAUAAGUCUUUAUAGCAGAGAGAGCUUAAUAUUAUCAGUAGAGCUUCCACGGCCCCAAAGAGAUGGCUGAGCAGGAGUGAGGACACUCAUACACAGAAAUCUCCCAUAACCUCACUGCAGAUAUAUAUACCACAUGGUUUCAGGAAAGUAUCUAAUUGCUACAUUUUCCACAACUAUUUAUAUGUUUAUAAACCACAAUGUAAAAGUUGCUAACACUAAGUAGAUUCAGAGUUGUUUCUGUAAAAAGACUAGUUUAUACUGCAACCGGCCAAAAUCAUAAAAGCCAGUAAUAUGGAUUGUCCCAUUUCUAGAGAUAAACUUGAUUUAAGCUCAGAUCUGAAAGGCAAGAACAAAGCAGCUGUCUCAGAUUUUGGUCUCUCCUUUCACUGAAUGGCAGCUCUAGAUUUUUAUUAUUUUCACUUAUUAAGAUCUUAAGAUCAUACCUGAGACGCCAUAAAACUGCAAUCAAGAAAAUUGUGAAAAUCUCUUUUAUUGCUAAGAAAAUACAUGUUCUUAUACAGGUUGUAAUGUAGCUCUGUGUUUGUAAGAAAUAAAAUAGCCUACCCAUCCAAUAAAAUGUAUUUCUCUCUAUGGGUGUCUGUUAUGCCCCACAGAAAAUGGAGUUAUUUGAGGGGGAGUCAUAGUUCGAUCAGCAAUCCUCUCCUACAGGGUGGUUUGGUUCUUGCUUUUGUUUUAAUGAGGCAAAAAGAGAGGGGGAAAAACCCAGCAAAAAAUACAUUUCUUUUGGGAUGCCUUCAAUGUUUUCAGUGCUAAUUCUUUUACAGUAUUUUCUUUUUAAAGAAAAGUAAGCUGCCCGGAGUUUGGUACAAGAUGGGUGACUAUAUAAAUGUUUUAAGUAAGUAUAGGGCUUUUCAUGAUUCCCCUUGUACAGACUGUAAUGUGGGAUUUGAAAUGGUAGUCUGACUCAAGUGUGAUCCUCCAUCCAGCAUACUGGCUGUCAACAAGAUAGCCAUAGUGCUUAGUUUUGUAUUUGAUGUAUGGGCCUGAGGCAUUCCUGUUAAAGUCAGCUGGUAUCUUUCCAUUGAUUCCAGAAGUUACAAGACCUGGUAUGCCCAGUUAUGAACUCAUCUGCAGGGGAUUCAAUUUAGCCUGUCUUUUUUUUCAGAAGGAAGUUGCAUUAAAUUCAAUGGAGGCUAUUCUCAGGAAAGUGUGCAUAUGACCGCAGAAUUAGAAUUUAAUUCUAUUUACACCUUAGUAAUAAGACCCACUGAACUCUAUUCAACUCUCUUUUGUAGAAACAGGCCUAGGACUGGGAUGUAAAGAAUUGUUUUCUCUUUUGCAUUACCAUUGCUAGCAAUUAUGAACAUUAGAGUGGAAAUAAAUGCAAUCUAGGAGAAAGCUCCUCCCCAAAAGGAAUGUACUUUUUGCUUAGUUUAGUAGCACUGUUUACAGUUUUCCACCUUGUUUUGUUAUUUAUAAAUUUUAUAUUCAUUGAAUGUAUAUUGUCUUUUAUGUUCACUUUUUAUAGUGUACUUUUAUUCUAAACAAUAAAGUGUUUUAUUUCUUACCACAGA